AUUGGUUUGUUGUUUUGCAGCUCGCACAGCAGUGACUCGAAGAAGGCUUCGCUGUGCCAAGCUCUGUUUCCCUAUAAGACGCUCAACGAACCCGACCCGGUCACCAUACUCAUCACCUUGGCUGUACUCGUUGGCUCCUUUUGCCUGCUCAGCGGGUUUAUACUGCUCUGUGUAGUAUCCAAGGCGUGGCAGGAUGAAACUUCCGAGGCCAUACUACUAAUGGGCAUUGGCUUCUUCAUCACAUCUUUGUCCUGUGUCACUUGGAAAUUGACGAAUGCACAGCGUUUGGCUCAGUUACAGGAAACCAUUUCGAUAUAGGCAUACAUCAAUUUAUAUAUUU